AUGCAGAGCAAUGUGACUGCAUUAAUCGAUAUGAAGCUCGAGAAGCACAAGAACUUAAGGGAAGAAUCUGGAUUUUUCUGGCGAGAGAUUUAUGAUGGGACCCUCAAGUUUGAAAGGAGAGAAUCUGAGGUUGCAGCAUUAAGACGGAUAGAAAAACAAGAAUUGGUCGACUUUUUCAAUGAAUAUAUAAAAGUUGGAGCAGCCCAGAAGAGGACAUUAAGUGUGGGAGUGUAUGGAAACCGACAUAGUUCGGAGUACACGGCAGAUAAAAGUGAACCGCAGCGCUACUCCAUGCAAAUAGGUGAUAUAUUCAGUUUCAGACGGUCACAGCCUCUUUAUGGAUCAUUCAGAGGCGUCGCUGGUCACGUGAAAUUAUAGAGAGUUGAGCUUUCACCACAGUUAGCAAAGAAACACAACUUCUGCCAUCUCAGUAGGCCGAAGUAGUGGAAGAAUGUUUGGAACAAUUAUUUUGAAAAUCAGUCGCAGGAAGGAGAAAAAUGAAAUCAUAAAAUAUUUGCCAUCUUGUUUUUAACCAAAUGAAUUGCACUUCUUCAAAGUUGUGGAUAAUUUGUAUUUUGAGUAUGUUUGUGAUAGCAGAAAACAGAAAGCAGAAAGCAGAUGAAGAAAAUUUUAACCAACUGGUUUGGUGAAUGGAGAAAGUAACGGCU